CGGAGGCUCAACAGGCGGCCAGAGGGAAGGCGGCUUAAAGCGCGAGGGGCGCGGGAGGUGUUGCGCGGCGACCCGGCUCUGCUGCCGGUGGGGCAGCGGGCAUGGAGGCGAGCACGGCGGCGGCGGUAUCGGCCAACGGCUCGGCGGCCAACGGCUCGGCGACCAACCCCUUCGUGCAGACGGGCUGGCAGAUCGCGCUGUGGUCGGCGGCCUACGCGCUGGUGGUGCUGGUGUCGGUGGUGGGCAACCUGGUGGUGAUGUGGGUGGUGCUGGCCCACCGGCGGAUGCGCACCGUCACCAACUAUUUCCUGGUCAACCUGGCCUUCGCCGAGGCCGCCAUGGCCGCCUUCAACACGCUGGUCAACUUCACCUACGCCGUGCACAACGACUGGUACUACGGGCGAGCCUACUGUCGCUUCCAUAACUUCUUCCCGGUGACCGCCGUCCUCGCCAGCAUCUACUCCAUGACGGCCAUCGCCGCCGAUAGAUACAUGGCCAUUAUCCAUCCUCUGCAACCAAGGCUAUCAGCUGCAGCCACCAAGGUUGUCAUCUGUGUUAUAUGGCUCUUGGCUUCGCUGCUCUCAUUCCCUCAAGGAUACUAUUCCACCACUGAAGAGAUGUCUGGGCGAGUGAUGUGCUUUAUCGAUUGGCCACAAAAUCAGACCCAGGUCUCUGCAAUAACGUAUCAGGUCUGCAUCACUAUCCUAGCCUAUGUCUUGCCACUCAUAAUGAUAGCCUAUGCCUAUAUUACGGUGGGCAUUACCCUGUGGGCUAGUGCGAUACCAGGGGACUCUUCAGACCGCUACCAUGAACAGGUGUCUGCCAAGCGCAAGGUGGUCAAGAUGAUGAUCACGGUGGUUUUUACCUUCGCCAUUUGCUGGCUGCCUUACCACAUCUUCUUCCUCCUGCAACUCUUCGAGGAUGAUAUGUUCUUGGAGAAGUACAUCCAGCAGGUCUACCUGGCCAUCAUGUGGCUGGCCAUGAGCUCCACUAUGUACAACCCGAUUAUUUACUGUUGUCUCAAUGACAGGUUCCGGGUGGGCUUCAAGCGGGCUUUCCAGUGGUGCCCAUUCAUCCAUGCCAGUGAAUACGAAGGAUUGGAAAUGAAAUCAGCCAGGUACCUGCAGGUCCAGAACAGCCUCUACAAGACCAGCCGGAUGGAGACGACGGUCUCUUCUGUCACUGGCAACCCAGAGGAAGAACCGGAGGAUGGCAACAAACCCAGACGGCCCUCCCUUGACUUGACCUCCAAUGGCUCUUCUCUCAGUGAUACCAAAACCAUCUCAGAGAGCCUGAGCUUCUAUUCCAAUACGCUUCCCUGAGCAAACACAUGAUUUAGCCACACUGUGACACCACUUCCAUCCCUCCAAUGAAGUCCCCCCAUCCCAGAACAAAUGGACCCUUUCCUGUGGCUGCCCCAUGGGCUUUCCUUCUCCUUCCAAGGGGUUCCAUCCGAUGUUGCUCUUCUCCGCUGGUCAUGGAUCCUGUGCCUUCCUUCCACCCAACCUUUCCUCCUCCCUCUGUCCAGGAUCUCUAGGCAGGGGUCAUCUGUCCAUCUCCUCUCUAUUAAGCUGCCAUUGUGGAAGCAGUGGAUAUGAAAGAAACUUGUUUGAGGUUUUUUUGGAGGGGUGUAAAUGAAAUAUAUACGAAGUUGGAGUUUAAACUUUAAUUUUUCUUGGAACUCAAUUCAAAAUCCAUUUCUACAACAGAACAUUUGAAUUUAUAAUAUUUGUAAUAGUAUUUUGUUCCAUUAAUGAACUUUCAGUUACUUUCCUUGAGUAACUGGUAUACUUCCAGGAUCACUUUUCUUCCAUUCAUUCAUCAGUGUUUGUUCCCGGGCUUAGAGGGAAGUCCUUGACUACCUCUAGUGAGGUGAAUUAAUUCUGUUUCAGGAUCUCUGCCUUUACCAUAAGAUAUGGCUCAAGGCUCCAUUCAACAUUUUCUUAGGGCUCAGUCUCCUCGAUGAAAACAUUAGACUCAUUCAAUGUCGAAAAUCACACAAAGAAAGGUUCGACUGUAUGGUUUCUGUUAGCAAGAAAUGUUUCUUCUUUCAUAGGAAAAGAUUAACUCAGGCAUAGCAGCCGUCCAGUCAUCCACCCAAAGCAUCAUCUGGAAUGUUCUAGAAUUUCCAACAGGAUUGUGGGAAUUGGCCACAACAUGUUUGAAUCUUCCUUGAAGUUUGUGCAUUCCAUGACUAGCAAAGCCGAGGGGAGGGGAGGCUGCCAACUGUCUACCUGCAAGCAUCAGGACUGAUGCCUCCUUGCAACACGCACGGCUUGAGCAGCUGGCAAAGGACCAAAACGAAUGUGUGAUUGUAAUGCAGCGCCUGCUUUGGCACCAAGCUCAUGUGACAGAGAUGAAUAGAUGCUGGCUUAAUAAGAUGGAACCAAAUAGCAUUUUAGAAAAGCUAUGUGGUAAUAAAAAUCGGAUAAAAUAAUUUAACAGGAUAGAAUCAAUUGUGGGUGAAAAUACAGCAGGCCCGUUUCAGCAUGAGCCUUAUGCUCUAUCACAAGGGGGCCAUCGGCUUCUCAAGCAAGCCAUCUCUUCCAGUUAUGGAGAAAUUUUGAGGCUACAGGAGAGACCCACAAGUCUCUUGCCACGGCCGAAGUGCUGCAUCAGCUCCUGCUGACGAAAGUGAUCACAAUAGCACAAUAUUAGCUCUGUUGCAUACAAGAGGAUGGGAUGAAGACUUGCCGAAGUCAGUAUGGAAAAUCUUCUCUAACGAGAUGACAAACUAGUCAGUGAUUCAGUUACCUGCUAUCUAACUUCAAACAUAUGUGUGUCUGCAUCCACCUACAAUACCUUUAUAACAAAACUCUUGUGUGGCAAAAUAUUUUUCAUUGCAUACUAUGUUAUGCAACUACAUGGUAGCUAGGAGAUAUUUGCUGAUUGUCCUGAAAAAUGGUACAACCCAGUUUUCCACAGACACAAAGCUGAGCACAAGUUGCCCAAAACCUCCUAUAGUAUUUCCACAAAUGGCCAAAGAUCAACAUCACAGAACAUCACUUUACCCAUUAUGCCUGCAUCAAGGGCCUCUUGCAAAUACGCAAUAAAGGAAAAGGCCCAGACCAUAAUACAGGCCAGAGACUUGCUGAUGUCCCUGGGCAGAGCUGGCCUGUGUAUCCAUUUCCUGUGUUUCUUGAUCUUCCAGCAACUUUGGAGAGUGUUGUUUAGACAGUCCUUCCAGAUUGGCUGCAUGUCUUGGAAGAGGGUGCCACCAUGUUGCAUUGGUUAUCCUACUAUCUCCUUGAGUGAUUUCACUUGUUGUUCAGUGGUAAGAUUUUUGUGAGGUGCCUCAGGGCUGACGGCUUUUCAUCCAUCUAGGUGAGUCUGCUGGAUGAGAUUAUUCAUGAGCUUGGGGUUUGUUGUCAUCAGGUUGAUUAUGACACCCAACUCUACAUCUCAACUGUGGGCUAUUCAAGUUGAAGCCCCCAGACAAAUCCCAAUGUCUGGAAGCUGCAUAGGUCUUGAUGGUGAAGAGAAGUUCAGGCUCAAUCCUGAUAAGACUGAUUAUGAAUUUUGGGGGGUUUGAUUUAUAGUAUUGGAAAAGGCUGUACUUCCCCAUUUCAGACUGAUGCACAAACUUGGUGUCUUCUCCAAUGCACUCUGCAUGGAGCUGCCCUUGAAGAUCAGCCACUGGUCCAGAACAUGGUGGUGUGUGGAGUGAUAUGCUCACUGUUCUGUGAGCUGUGCUGAUUGCCGCUGGGCUUCCAGGCUCAGUUUAAGAUGCUGGUUACAAGCCUUUCAUGGCAUAAAGCCUGGCUAUUUAUAAAAAAAACCCUCUCUUCUAUAAUUUCUGCCCACUCAGUAAAAUUUGGCAGAGAGUACAUUCAAGGUUCCUUUGGUUAAACGAUGUCAUUUGUUGGGGCCCUGAAAUGUGCAUUUUCUAUCAGAGCACCUGCCCUCUGGAAUAAUAUCCACUUACAGAUGGAUAAGGCUCCCACCCCAUUAAUGUUCCAGAAACCUUUCAGAAGCUGGCUGUUCCCCCAGGACGGGGUGGCUGCCGAAGCCCUCUGCGUAAGCUCUUCUUUUUCUGUUUCACUUGGUUUCUCUUCUCUUCUGCCUGUGAGCUCUUUCUCCGUUCCUAUUGUGCUGCCUGCUAAAGGGGAUACUGCCCAGAGUCAUUUGAAGUUGGGUGGACUCAUCAAUAAAGAAACAAACAAAGCAAGCUGUCAAGCAAGCAGUUGACAGCCAUUACUCAAUGACCAGGCACAGGAUAUUUGGACUGCUGCAUGACAGAACGUAAGACAUUCCCUGUUGGGUCAAAGCCAACUGCUUCUCAGCGGCUCCUCCAAAGGAGGGAAGGAAAGCCGUGUUCUUCCCCACGGCUGUUGUUCUGCCUAGGGGUGUACCAGUCCCCACCUACCCCAAAGAAUGGGUCCGCAGAGGCCUGGGCACCACGUGACGCCCCCACCCUGACCUUGCUUGUAUGAAUGGGCCAGCAGCAAAUCAAACAAGAGAAUCGUGAUGCUUUUUAUACUGCUGUGAAACCAUUUAGGCAGGGUGGGGGGAAUGGAGCAAUGUAGCUGAGGCUGAACAACAGGUGGGGGGGUUGAGGAUAGAGAAUGUGCUGUUUACUGUAUAUGUAAUUUCUUUCUUGUGUACAUUGUGCAGGCCUGGGGAGCACUUCAUAGGUGCUACAUGUUUUUACUUAAAUGUGCUGCAACAUAGUCAUGUUCAGAAUUGUAGCUUUUGUUGUGAAAUGAAAAACCUAAUGGGAAAGGUUCCCUGUAUCCUGUCCUAGUUUUGGAUGCUACAAUUGUUUGUGAAAUGUUGACGGGCCAAAAUAAACCAUCCCUAUCAGAGUAGUUCACCUACGCAAGAGCAUUAUAUUUUGUGAGUCAAAUCCUUAUAACUGGGGUUUUCUUGAGUUUUGGGUGUUCUAAUGUAUGGAAUAAUAACAAUAGAAAUCUCUUUAAGAAGAAUUGCAGAGACAUCUUGCCAGUAAAAAUUAGAGUAAAAUUGUAAUAGAGAUUUUAAUGGAAUGUUUGUCCAAGAAUACAAUAAAAUUUUGAUCCUAGAAAAACUGUUUAGAAAGAAAUAAAAAAUUGCCUUCCAGCUAGAGGAAAGAAGCAGAUGAGUAGAAAAUGCAGAUAGUUCAGCAUGAAAGUGGCUUAUCCUUUGCUUAAGGGAUGCUCAAGCACCUCUUCUUAAAAUAUUAUAGUGAUAAAUAACUAUUCUAAGGGGGGUGGAAUGUUCACUUCACAGGAUUGCCUUUCUACAUUGAGAUAAUCAGACAAGUCCCCCAUUGCCCACUUAAGAGGCAGAGGCUUUGCUGCCCUACGUCUCAGCUGGGAAGGCCUGCAGCAAGGCCGAAUCCAAGGGUGGCUGCCUGAAGGCCUCCACGCUCUCUUCCCAAAAUCCUCCAGGUCUUCAUAAACCUGAUAGUUAGGUAGUCCUGCCAACCAGAUCAGAGGUGGUAUUCAGCCAGUCCUGACAGGUUCUGGAGCAACAGUAGC